GCCCCAACAUCCAACCCGUCGUCAAAGGAAUUCCAGGGAGCAAAAGGAAUGUGGAAGCUACAUUAGAUAUCACUAGAUGAGCUGUCAUGGAGACGUGAUAUUGAUAGAUGAAUGCUCCUGCAUAAGUUACGUAAAUUUAGCUUCCAUGGGGUAGGCAUUUCUGUUUCUUGAGAUGAGGAUGACAAGCUAUUUAUUUCUGUAUGUUUGCAAUUUCUUUUCUGGACGAUCUGCAGUAGUUACCUUAGCUAAUUCAUUUCUGAAUGUUCAUUCUUCUUUUUGUAUUCAUGGAACACCAUUUAGUUUCUUUAAGUUUGUGCAGAGCAGUUGUUGUUUGGGCAUCCAAGCUGAAACCAGAUCAAAUUCAGAAAGAACACUGAUGUCAUCCUUUUGGAGAGAUCAAUCUUCAAGGUGUUGGAUAAGGCAAUGGUCAUCAAGUUCAAGGGAAAUGGAAAAUGAUUUUGGCAACUUUAACUCCCUUGAUGCACACCAUCCUUUGUGCCUCACAUCUGUUGCAAAGGACAUGAAGGUUCCACUGGAAAAUAAAAACAACCAUGCCUUUAUUAAUCAAGCUGCUUUAGCUUGGAAUGAGAUGAGAAAAGAAUGGGUAGGAGACCAGUCAAAAAGUUGCCGCAGAAUACCAAGGGAACCAUCAAUAAGCUGGUGCUCAACAUAUGAUGACUUGCUAUCGACAAGCCAACCUUUUCCAGAGUCAAUUCCAUUAUCUGAAAUGGUAGAUUUUUUGGUUGAUAUUUGGCACGAAGAAGGGCUUUAUGACUAGGCGGUGCCUCAACCUACUUGACUUCUGAUUAAAAGAUGAUUUUGUCAGCUCCAGGGUUGUUAAAUUUAGUGUCUUGUGUUGCACCCUAGUAAUGGAGCUCCAUGUGUCGUGAGCUCUGAGUAUAUUUUGUAACCCGAGCUGCUGGCAUGUGUUUGAAAGUUUUCUUUCAUAGAAUUUCAAGAAAUUUGCUGACUGAAAGCUUGUAAUACAAUGUCACUCCGGCUCUGUACAGAAAAGCGAUGUUCAUGAUUUAUCUCAUAUAACUGUGUUCUUAUUUUGAAGCGUCAGAUUCGGAGGCUUCAUAAAAUUGCAAUAGCAAAGAGCUCAAA